UUUUUUGUAUUAAACUUUCAAACUUCUCUCUCUUCCGAUAAUCAUUUCUUCUCAAUUUACCAUUUUUCGCGAUUCCCUGUUCCAUUACUUUAGAUAAGAGCACACCCAGUUUCAUUUUCCACAAGAAAUUUGAGAGACCACGACCCAAACAAGAUUUUCUUCCUCUGAGCAAUCUCUAGGAGGGGAAUUCUUUGAAUCGGUUCUUGGAAGAAUGGAUGUUUCUACGCCACUGCAAUCUGAUAAUACACAAAAACAUAAAUCUCUCGGUCCUAUUAGGCUAAUGAGAGGGGUGAUUUGUUUAGCGGUGUUUCUAUCCACUGCCUUCAUGUUCUUAGUGUAUUUUGCGCCUAUAGUUACACUAUCUUUGCGCCUUUUUAGUCUGCAUUACAGUAGGAAGGCAACUUCCAUUAUUUUCGGUUUCUGGCUGGCUCUGUGGCCCUUUCUGUUUGAAGUGAUAAAUGGGACUAAAGUUGUCUUCUAUGGGGAUGAUAUUCCAGCAAAUGAACGUGUUUUACUAAUUGCCAACCACAGAACUGAAGUUGAUUGGAUGUAUUUGUGGGACCUUGCAUUGCGAAAAGGGUCCUUAGGCUGCAUCAAAUACAUCCUUAAAAGCAGCUUAAUGAAGCUGCCUCUCUUUGGUUGGGGAUUUCACAUUUUGGAGUUCAUUCCUGUUGAGAGGAAAUGGGAAAUCGAUGAACCAGUUAUGUGCCAAAGACUUUCGACGUUUAGAAAUCCUCGAGAUCCCUUGUGGCUUGCUGUUUUUCCUGAGGGAACCGAUUUUACGGAGGCAAAAUGCAAGAAGAGUCAAGCAUAUGCUGCUGAAGUUGGACUUCCGGUGCUGAAAAAUGUUCUACUUCCAAAAGCAAGAGGUUUUUGUGCUUGCUUACAAACCCUACGAGGUUCCCUCGAUGCAGUUUAUGAUCUGACUAUUGCCUACAAGCAUCAAUGUCCUACCUUUAUGGAUAAUGUCUUCGGCCUCGGUCCUUCAGAAGUUCACAUUCAUAUUCAACGGAUCCCUGUUGGUGAGAUCAUCCCCGCAUCAGAUGAAGGAGCUUCGGCUUGGUUAAUGGAUAAAUUCAAGCUCAAGGAUCAUUUGCUCUCAUAUUUCACUGCUAAUGGCUAUUUCCCAGAGUCAAGAGCAGACGAACAACUUUCUUCCUUCAAGUGCACAAUGAACUUCAUACUGGUCGUUUCCUUGACAGCCGUCUUUGCUUACCUUACUUUGUAUUCAAAUUGGGCCAAAGCGUAUGUAGCUUUAUCUUGUAUAUAUCUUGCUUCCGUUACAUAUCUCAGAGUACAACCAGAGCAAGAUUUAGGCGUUUUGAUAUCAACGUUCAUUAGCAAGAAACAAAGCACUGAAUAACAUUCUUUAUAGCAUGGUUUUUCCUUUUUGAGGUGAAGUUUUUUCAAACGCAUUUACUAUUUUGCUUAGACUGGUAUCAAGUUUUCGUGUAGAAAUAGAGCAUUAACAAUUUUGA